AAUCUUGAUAUUUUCAUAGUCCUACCUCUCGAUGACCAGAUAAUUAAUGUAAAGGCUUUUCAACAUUAAAACGACCUUUUCUCAUCGAUUUUUUAGGGGCACGGGUUUUUGCGCCAUUUUUUUUUUUUGCCUCUUUUUCUUUCGGUAAAAUUAGGGUUAAUUUUAUCACCUUAUAUGAAUUACAGAGAAAGAAAUCCAUUUCACUGUUUCUGGAAAAUUCAAGUUUUAUUUUUCUCGAAUUAGGGUUUCUGCAACUGCAAAAAACUAGGGUCUUUCUUCGUAUAUUAAGCAGCAAUGGCUAACCUUAACAGAUCUUCGAGUGCUCCAUUGCGAAAUGUUCCACCUCCUAGAGAGCUUCUAGAUGAUCUAUGCAGCCGAUUUGUUUUGAAUGUUCCCAAGGAAGAUCUCGAGUCUUUUGAGAGGAUCCUAUUUCUUGUGGAGCAAGCACACUGGUUUUACGAGGAUAACUCUAUGGAGCAGAACCCAUCCCUAAAGUCUCUAUCUCUUAGAGAAUUUACAUCUUUGAUGUUCAAUAGCUGUGCUGCAUUGAGACCAUAUAUUGCACAUAUUGAUGACAUUUACAAAGGCUUUACUUCCUACAAAGUUCGAGUUCCCGUAACUGGUGCAAUAAUUUUGGAUGAAACGUAUGAACGGUGCUUGCUAGUGAAAGGCUGGAAAGUGCCAAGCUGGAGCUUUCCUCGUGGUAAAAAGAACAAAGAUGAGGAGGAUCAUGCUUGUGCAGUCCGUGAAGUAUUGGAGGAAACUGGAUUUGAUGUGUCUAAGCUUUUGAAAAUUGAAGACUACCUUGAAGUUGUAGAUGGUCAGCAGAGGGUGCGGCUUUACAUAAUAGCUGGAGUGAAGGAGGAUACAGUCUUUGCACCACAAACCAAAAAGGAGAUCAGUGAAAUUGCUUGGCAUCACCUAGAUGAGCUUCACCCAACAGGGUAUGAGACAGGCAAUCGUGCGUACAAACUUAAGCUCUUCAUGGUUUGCCCCUUCUUGCUACCGCUUAAAGCAUGGAUUGCAGCGCACCGUCCCUCUACAGCUCCAAAAUCUGAAGCAGCUCCAAAAGUUACAUGCGUUUGGAAGGCGAAGAGUGGUUCUACAAGUGGCAUCGGAACAAGUGAAAACAUAGUCGUAUCGAUUGAUCCCCGAGUUGAUAGCCAUACCAUGGUCGAUUCUGGCCCUGGUAAAAGCUUCAGGAGUUUCAAAUUUGAUACUGGCCGUAUAUUACAAGCCAUGGAAGCUGCAUUUUCUAGUUAAGCCCAAUUACAUAAAUUGAAAUUUAUAUCAUGUAUCAUAUCAAGAUCCAACUCCUAAAACAGAUUUCCCUAUUAUCCUAAAUGCUUUAUUAGAUCUC